AUGCGCGUUUGCGCUCCUUUCGCUGACAAGGUGUACGAGAAAUGCAAGGACCUGCCGCUACCCGGCUUUCAAGGCGCCAUUUCUCAGUACUUUAACUCGGGGGAGAAGCUAAUGACGACCCUGUUCGGGAGGGUCGGCCAGGCCUUCGAUGCUAUCAACUACACAGUGGUGGUCACUCCUGUUCUUGAAGGCACCGACAAGUGCUAUAACGGCCCAUUGAAGCUCCCCGACACCAACGUGUGCUGCGACUCGCUCCCCGCCACCAAAGAGUGCCCCAUAUCAAAGCUCAAUGUUACCGCGCACCCCGAAUAUAAGCCUUUCAUCGGCCGGACCAUCGCCGACCCUUCCUGCCGUAAAGCACCAAGCGGCUCUUCGGCGUCGCCUCCUCCCCCCAAGGAGGCUGGACGGCUGGUGCUGGCUUAUAGGGGGGUGUUGAGUGUUUUUGUGCUGGCAGCAGCUGCUUGCCUUGCGCUUUUCUAA